AUGUCUACUACCAAGGGGCAUUAUACGAACCCGACCAUCGACGACGACGAGUUGAUUGAUCCCGAUGAUGCUGACCUCAACGACUUUGACGACCCCCUCGCGCCCUCGAGUUCCCGCGCGCCGCUGACUGGCAACAUCGGCUCCUCCUCGCGGCCCCUCGACCAAAGCUACCUGACGGCGCGCAUCCCCGGUGAGGACCGGAGCGCUUCGCAGAACACCAUCGACGAGACCGUCUGGGAGACGGUGCGCCGUGACCUGCUGGCUGUCUGGGCCAAGCUGCGUGAGGUGCUCUACCCACGUUACCUCCUCGGCGGUACCAUGUUCGACGGCGAGGGCGGCUUCCGCGGCGCCUACUCCAACAUUCGCGGCGCAGGCAUCACGGGCACGCGCGAGGAGCUCGCGGGCCUGGCCGGCCGCGUCAUGGACCCCGAGGCGCUGCUGGGCAGCUCGCUGAGCCCCGGCCUGCGCGACUGGGAUCUCUGGGGGCCGCUCAUCUUUUGCCUGCUCUUGAGUCUUCUACUGAGUUUCUCCGCUCGCCCGGAGCAGAAGGACGCCGUGUUCAGCGGCGUCUUUGCUAUGAUUUGGCUCGGCGAGGCGGUUGUGACUCUACAGAUUAGGCUGCUCGGUGGGAGCAUUUCUUUUGCGCAAAGCGUGUGCAUUAUCGGUUAUACAUUAUUCCCGCUUGUGAUUGCGGCGCUUCUGUCUGCGGUGCACCUGCACUGGAUUCCUCGCAUUCCCAUCUUCAUCUUCCUCAUUCUCUGGUCCUUGGCGGCUGGUGUCAGCAUUUUGGGAGGAAGCGGUGUCGUUCAGAACCGCCUGGCUAUUGCCCUGUACCCCCUCUUCAUCUUUUAUGUCGGGCUGGGCGCGCUGUGCUUCAUGAGUUAG